UGGCACUUCAAUACUGACUGCUGCCUCCAAAGAAUUUAUACAGUUAAAAGAACAUGUGAGCCGAAUGGACACUAAAUCUGUUGAACAUACCAACAAUCUAGAUAAUGUUUCAAAGCAGAUUUCCAACUUAUUGUUGAAAACCAGAAGAUUAAAUGUUAUUGUGGAUAAUCUACAGAAUAUGGCUAAAUAUGACGAGAGAAGUAGUAAAUAUUUUUCUAGUGAUAUGUCAACUAAUGAUGAAUAUUGUGAAUGUUCAUUUAAUGUAAAAGAAAACAACGAAUCAUUAGGGAUAGGUAAAAUACCAUGCAGGAAAAAUGGUGAAGCAUCUGAUGAAGAUAAUACCGAUUAUAAAUCAGACAAUGAAUGUUGUAGCGCUGACGCUAAUAUCCAUAACCUUUCGAGCUAUGUGAAUGGCAGGACAGUACGACCACUGACACAUAAUGCUGUUCAAUGUUAUGCAUCAACUAUUAACCCAUACAAACCUCUCGGUGAAAACAGCGAUACACAAUUCUUUAAAAAACUAGGAAGCUAUAGUGAUAACGUUAAAGUUCAAAAUGAUUCCACUAACACAAUCAAAACUUCGAUCUGUAACAGUAGUGAAGAAAUUAUUGUAGACGAAAACAAAAUUGAAGAAGACAACCCAUUACAUACAUUAAAUGAGGAACAGGGUAAUGAAAGUUCGUCUGAGAUUGAAAUUUGUAACAUACCAAAGAUAAAAUCCAUGAUUCGUAAAAAUGACUCUGGCUAUAAAAGUAAAACUCUGAAAACACAAAACGACAAUCGCGUUAGUUUUCAUAAUAGCAAUGAUAGUUUUGGAGAGAAAACAAAGAAAAACGUCUGCUGUAUGGAUUCGAUUGUACCAAAUAUAAAACCGACAGAACACAUCAUACAUGAUGAAAGACCAAUGAUGAAGUCAGCGACAUCAUACAGAUCGGCCAGGCGACCAACAAGAAGAAGACACGAGGAAGAAAUAUAUGAUGAAAGAAUAUUCGAUGGUGAGCAACCCAGAACUAUUAGAGAAUGGUAUCAGUAUACCAAACAAAUAAAAGAAUAUGCCUCAGCAAGAAUAAGAUCAGGAGCCGUAAAACUUGCAAAAUCGCAUAAUGUUAUUUUGGUAUUAGAUAUAUCUGAACAUAUGGCGGGAUAUUUCCAGAAGUUGAAAUCAGCUGCUCUACAGUAUGUUUAUGGAAUUAAGCAAAGUUCGGAAUGUAGCGAUUUGGAAAAUGGCAUUGGAUUAGCAGUAUUUGGCCGUGAAACACGACUUAUACAAGAAGCAACAAGUGAUUAUGAACUAAUCAUAGAAUUGAUAGGACACUUAAGACCGGAUGGAGAUGCACCUGUCAUAGCGGGACUUUUGAUGGGAUAUGCUGGUGUUACUACAUGCUUAUUAGGCUGCUUUGAAGAUAUUGUGUUACAGGCACACAUGAUUGUUUUCACCAAUGGAUCGUCAGAACAAUGUAAACUUGCAAUAGAAAAUGGAGAAAAUUUUAUUUUUGAUUUGAGUAAAUCUCGAGUACCAUCAGACAUUAACGGUGUUAUUGACAAGAUAACUGCUACCACUACAAAGAUUUUUUAUGUACCUAUUGGCGGAAGUCAACACAACAACACUUUGGAACAAGCUGUGAGGAAGACUAAUGGAAAAAUAAUACACGCUAAUGAAAUGCACCGUUUGAUCAGAAUGACUCGAGUUAUGUUAUUGGCAAUACAGAUAGCUUCUGAUAUACGGUAUUCGGAGAAUCAAAGCAGAGACGUUAUAAGGAGGAAAAUAUUAAACCACACUAGCCUUGAUGAUAAACAUGAGGACUGUCUAGAUAUGGUACAAGACUUUACCAAUCCUUUAAAGUUUGAUAAUAGGCGCGGUCUAUAUCUAGAAUUAAGUGGCACCACCCUCACAUUAGGAGAUAGAGUAAGACGAGGACCAGAUUGGACUUACGAUGAUCAAGAUUCAGGUCUUCCAGGAACUGUUGUUGGUCAGGAUCGAGAGGGGUGGAUUGUAGUAGAAUGGGACAAUGGAUUAAUCUAUCCCUAUCCGCAUAAUGAACAGAUGGAUAUACUUCAAAUAAGAAAAGUCAAUGAACCUAGAGUAUUGGUCGAUGAGCUGAUAGCAGUUGGUUGUAGAGUUGUCAGAGGCCAGGAUUGGAAAUAUGGAGAUCAUGACGGGGGUAUAGGAACGGAAGGAACGAUAUUGGGUGAAAAACAAGGAGGAAAAGUAGUGGUAAGAUGGGACAGAAAACAUAUAGGUAUCUAUAAAAUGGGACAAAAUGGACAUUUUGAAGUGAAGUUAAGUGAUAAUUAUUCAAACAACGAUCAUAAAAUAGGGUGCAAGGAAACAGAUAGGUAUGGUCAUAUAGGACAAAGGUUAAGAAAAUCAACAAUCGAAAAAAAUGCUCCAUAUACAAUGAAACCAGACGAAUGCAAUCCAGAAGAUUAUGUUAUUCCUUUAUAUUCCGAAACAUCAGUCAGUGCCAUUUGGGAGCAACAGAAGGGUUCACAAUGGACGAAAUAUCCAUCCGAAAUAAAUGUAAAGAUUGAAAAAGCAUAUCAGAGGAAGAAAACAGGAAAAAUUAUUAUCGAAAUGGACCGUACAACAUAUAUAAUACAUUUUUCGAGAAUGGUACAAGAGAACGCGCAGAAUAAAACGGAAAUGGCAGUUAGAAGGAAAGAUUGAUGCCUUUUUUCAACGGUGACAAUAAAUUACUUUCUAUAUAGAAAAGAUACAUUGAAGAACAGCAGUGGAAUAACAUAGUUUUAAACUACAAUUGUAUUUCAGAUUAAAAAAAUCCCUCUCUAUUAUGUUGGUAUCGAAGGGAAUUAAGCAUUUCAUCAAUGAGUUUUCUAUUUGAGUUUCUUAUUAAAUUUAUGACAAUAAGUCUUCUAACAACAAUGUUGCUUUCCUUCUUAUGACAUUAAUAUUUAAUAAUUCAAAUAAAAGUAGGGAAAUGGGAUUUCUUGGCAAACUCCAAGCCCUUCAUGGUCUCAUUUAAUAUUUCAAUGAGCAACAAACCUGAGGACUUACCUUUUAUAUAUUGGAUGCAUAAACUACAUUAAGCUACUUACAAACAAAGAUACAUUGCCGGCUCAUCUGCAUGUUCCAACAAGAAAUUGUUCGUUAGAUUAGCAUAAACUUUUUCCGCAGUGAAAGAGGGAGUACAGAAAUACUAUGACACUGUUUACUCGCGUAGUGGGAUUUAUGUGGAUGUUUAAGAAAUCAAAAGAACUUCUGGAAAAUUGAAAACCUCGGUCAUUCUCUAAAAUAAAUUCUAUCAAAACCUUCGAUUUUCCACCCUUUACACCACCAUACCACAAAAAAAGUUAAAAACCCUUCGUAAAAAAAUAAUCCACAAUGCUUUCCUCCAUAAAAAUGGUACCAUACACUACAAGUACGCUUUAGUUUUGUGAUAUAAUGCGGCAUAUUUGGUAAAAAAUUAGCCCGAAAAUAAAACAUGCUACAUCGAAGAACAAGUGAUCAAUAUGCUAGAGUUUCUCAUCGACGACCUACUUGUUGACCUUAGAGGAAGUAUUUUCCAGCAGGUUGUCGGCAUUCCUAAGGGAUCCAACUGUGCACCUUUUGUUAUUUUCAUAUGAGUCAGAGUUUCUUCAGACGCUUGUAAAAAAAAGAUAAAAAAAGCUAGAUCAUUUAAUUUUUCUUACAGAUAUAUUGAAGAUAUUUUUUUCGUUGACAAUCCAAACUUUUCUGAUUGGGUCCCAUUUAUAUAUCCCCCUGCAGUAUAGAUUACAGAAACCACAGAUACAGCUUCCUCUUCCUCAUUUUUAGACAUUUACGUCGAAUAUGACAAUAUUGUCAUCUCAGUACCAGCAUAUAUAACACAUGAGACGAUUUCAAUUUUGAGAUUAUAAAUUUUCCUCACCUUAGCAGCAAUAUUCUAACUUCACCCGCGUAUGGAGUAUACAUUUCUCAACUAAUACAGUAUUCAAGAGCUUGCAGCUGCUACUCAGACUUUGUGAAACGUCAUCGACGCCUGAGCAAAAAAUUAAUGAGACAGGGUUUUGUCAAAGAACGUCUCGUCUCGACGAGUCACUUUUCUCAAAACGUUCAUUGGAAAGUACCGAGACAUAAUAGAUAAAUAUUCAGCGUCUACUUCACAAAUGGUCUUGAGUUAAAGAUUCUAUGUACUGAUCUUGUGUAUCUUUUUAUUAACUUUACAGUACUCCCUUUAUUUGUUUUUGUGCUAUUAUUUUUCUUUGGUCCUAUGACUUUUGACGUGACAAGGUAUUUAUGCUUCCCGCUAUCGUGUGUUUGACUUUUAAGCGUUCCUGGUGUAGGUGGGUCCUGUUGUGCUUUUCGGACGCUAAGAGGUUUUUACAGUAUUGUUUCCAUUUUCACCCUGAUCUUAAUAUUUUACUUAAUUUGUACUUUAUAAAGAAAGUUUAUAUUAUAUAUGAUAUGUACUAUCAACUACAAAAACUUUUUAUCGACAUCUUUGCCAAUAUAUUAUCAACUACGA